AUGCGUCUCCCCUACGCCCCGUCAAGCCCACCCGCCGACUCCCCGCCGUCCGUGGCCGACAUCUACGCCCGCAUCGCCGCACGCCGCCGCCCACGGCCCUUGAUCCCUCUCGACCUAACGCUUCUGCACUCGCCGCCGGUUGCGAACGGCUACAACGCCUUCGUCAGCGCCCUGCGCACCGAGACCAUCGUCCCCGCCUCGCUCCUCGAGCUGGCCGUCUGCCGCGUCGCCAUCCUCACCACGGCCGUCUACGAAUGGAAUAUCCACGCGGCUCUGGCGCUGAAGGCCGGUCUGUCCCCCGAGGCCCUGGAGACGGCCAGAAGCGCACCACCGAGAGGCCUUACCGCUGCUAGUACAGGUACAGGGUCGGAAACACUGAGUGAAAAGGAGGCCGCCGUGCUCAGAUACACCGACGAGGCCACGCUCGAUGUCCGAGUCCACCACACCACCUUCGAGCACCUAAAAAUCCACUUCGACGACCGCGAGAUCCUCGAGCUGGUCACCGUGGUGGCCGGGUAUAAUGCCGUCAGCAGAAUCCUCGUGCCCCUGGAUGUCGGUGAAAACAACGACAAGGCCAUGAAGACCGUACGGGAACUGGUGGCAGAAACUUGA